AUGCUUCUGGUCUAUCAAGUCGGGAGUGUGAAGAUCGGAGAGGUCGUCCGUUACACCGUCACCUACACGCCGUCGCAAGACCGAAUCCUGCCCUCGCCCGAACGACUCUACCUACGCGUCCGCAACACUUCGGCAAUCGCUCUCCGCGCCGCUUUCGUUCACGGCCCCUACACUCUCUCUGCCGCUGCGUACCCUUCCAACUUCGACCCCAAUGUCAAGUUCGCCAAUCCACGCCGCUAUGGCGUCCCCGAGUUCGAACCCAUGCUCAAGGCCGGCGGGUCCUGGGAAUGCGAGCUGGUCGUGCCAGAACACAUCAGGCAGAGCGCGGGAACGGGAGGAGGCGGCCACUUUGGCGCCCCGCCCGACCAGGAGACCGAAAGUGCCACCUGGAUCGUCGAGGUGUCGUCGCAAGUCAUCUUCUCGACUUCCGCCGCCGUCGGCUACGAAGUGACGAUUGCAAGAGACGCCAAGUCGUUGAACCUGAGCUAUUCGCUGCCCGUCAUUGGCGGCCAGGCGCAGGUACCGCAGCCCGGCAAGGUCGCCGACCACCAGCAGAGCGUCGGUGCCAAGGACGGCCACCAUCCGGCGCAGCCCAAGGGCGUCUUCUCCAAGGCGAUACAGCUCAAGGUCGAGGACACGGCCGCGCUAUGGAACACCCCGAGGCUUCCGGGCUGGGACGACCUCAACAUAGACCGCCUUAAGAGCCGUCCUCGCAAGGACCAGCCCGUUGAGAGUGUCACGCAAGAGGAGCCAAGAGAAGAGACAAAGCCCGAGGAGAAGCAAAAGAAGGUUCAUUUGGUUGUCCUGACUCACGGGUUGCACAGCAACCUUGGGGCGGACAUGCUCUACUUGAAGGAGAGCAUCGACGCGACUGUCGCUCAAGCCAAGAUUGAUGCCAAGGCCAGGCGUGCCAAGGAGCGUGAAGAGAGAAAAAGCAGGGAGCAGUCUGAGACCAACGGAGCCAGUUCUUCGAGUUCCUCGGGAGAGGAUGCUGCCGACGAAGACUGUCCCGCAGAAGACGACGGAGACGAUGAAGAGGUCAUUGUGCGAGGCUUUUCAGGUAACGCGACAAGGACCGAGAGGGGCAUCAAAUACCUGGGUAAGAGGCUGGCCAGAUACGUUCUCUCCAUGUCGUACCCCGACCAGCCCUUCCUUCCAUCCAAGAAGGGACAUGCCGAAUCAGCAGUCUCUGCCGUUUUCAAUAAAUCUGAACCAGACAGCAGCAAAGCAGCUCAUAAACACAGCACGAUACACAAAGAAGAGGUCGAAGAGAAGCGCCCGUUCACCAUCACCAGCAUCAGUUUCAUUGGGCAUUCACUGGGCGGAUUGAUACAGACAUACGCCGUUGCAUACAUCCAGAAGCAUUCACCAGAAUUCUUUAACCUAAUCAAACCAAUCAACUUCGUUGCCUUGGCCACACCAUUCCUCGGUCUCAGCAACGAGAACCCCUUGUACGUCAAGUUUGCGCUGGACUUCGGUCUGGUGGGAAGGACAGGCCAAGAUCUCGGCCUGACAUGGCGGGCGCCCACCAUCGCUAGGAGCGGAUGGGGAGCCAUCGUCAGCAAUUUGGGCGAGAGUGCGCACAAGAGAGUCAUGGGAGAAGUUCAACCCGAGUCGAAGCCUCUGCUCAGGAUCCUGCCGACAGGACCAGCUCACACGGCGCUCAAGAAGUUCCGCAACAGAACCGUCUAUUCCAACGUUGUCAACGACGGCAUCGUGCCGCUGAGGACCAGCUGCCUGUUGUUUUUGGAUUGGCAAGGUCUUGGGCGUGUGGAAAAGGCUCGGCGAGACGCCGGUCUCGUCGAGACGCUGGUCGGCGCCGGUUGGGCCGAGUUGACCGGCAGCAGCUUGGCUCCCACCCCGCGGAGGACUAGUAUGCUCCCGCCGGAAGACGACGAGACGCCAGAUGAUCAGUCCGGCAACAUCACCCCGACGGCGCCGUCCAAUGCGGUCGAGGUCCCGCAGCCGCCCCGGAAUGCGAUGAUGGAAGACGACAGGGCUAGUUUGCGGUCGGUUCCCACACCGUAUAAUGAGGACGGACCAGAGGCUGGGAAGGACGCGAACAACAGCGGCCCGUUUGCCGGGUUUUUCUCCCUUUUCAAGAGCAACGACCAGACGCAGCCGAAAGCGCCUGACAUGUCCAAGAAGCAGCACAAGAUUUACAGACGGAGCCAGACCAUCAACUUUGACGAGCUCUCUCAGUCCUCCGGUGGCUCCUCCAAGGUGACAGCCGGUCACGAGCUCGAGCGCGGAGGAAACCAGCACAUCGCACCGCCAAGGACGAGCUUUUUCGAGUCGGCUCAUGACAUCAUCAACCCCAAGAUCCCCACCACCGAGUACCUAAUUGAUCCCUCCAAGCGACCCCGCGCAAUCUUCCACGACCGUGUGUACCAGCCGUCCGAUAUCCCGCCUCCGCCGCUGAAGAAGAAACCUACCGGCUCGUUGGCUUCUCGGAGGAGCACUUUCCGGCGGGCUGCUUCGACUAGCUCCGGUGGAUCGAGGACCAGCACGGACUCGUCACCACACCCGUCACAGCGGUUCUCUCACGAAGGCACCAUGGACUCGACCAGAGACUACGACGAUACCGCCAACACGAACCCGGAUAAGAACCCCGACGAGGAAAUCGAUGGGUCGCAGAUGCGUGUCGAGGAGAAGAUUGCCCGCGCCUACCACCGUGGACUGGCGUGGAGAAAGGUUCUCGUUAAGCUCGAACCCGACGCCCACAACAACAUCAUCGUCCGCCGCAUGUUUGCCAACGCCUACGGUUGGCCUGUCGUCAAGCAUCUGGUCGACGCUCACUUCAGCGACUCUGCAACAGCCAGAACACGCGAUGCCGACGAGACCACGGGCGAGAGAGCCUACGACAUCAGCCAGCCGCCGAACAAGUUCGGCGAUGAGGUCAGGGACAGCGGCGUGGGAUCCACCAAGGAUGGCUCGAGCGACGUCCCAGGCACUGCCUUGCUGUCCCCCAACUCCCAAAGAGAAGCGCAAGACAUGGUCCCGGAUAUGCAGCCGCAGCCCAAGCGCCGCUCAUCGUCCCGGAGUUCAUCGGCCAGCCCGCCGAGAAUCACCAGGUCGCCUCGGCAGCGUCCUGAGCGGGUAGAUUCUGUGACCUGGAGCGAUCGUGACUGGGCCGACAGCGACGACAGCGAGACGACGGCAACUACGGCCAGCGCGAAGAGCCCCAAGUCCACGGAGUUUAAGGACAAGGACAAGGAGAAACCGCGGUCGUCUACGCCGCUAGGGGGAUGGAACUGGACCGAGAAGAUCGUGGGCAGAGCUAGUCGCAAGACAUCGCCCAAGCCCGAGACCAAGACGGAUACGAAACCCGUGGCGGCGUCCUCGAGUUAG